CCCACGGGAAUGACUGUCUUUCUCCCGAAAAUGUUUUUAGGGGUCCUUCUCAGUAUCUCACUGAGUUUAUGGUUCUGUCACGCUAAACUAAUCAUUCCUUUUAAUGUUCUUUCUACAGUGGGAGCUAUGUAUGUAAUACAAGAAGAAGCACCAUGCAUUAACAUCAGCAAUACCAACACCAACCAUGAGUUGGAAAAACUUCUGGACAGAAUUAAAUAUGUUGCUCGAAGCUGCAAAGAAAUUCGUGACAAAUACCAUGUUUUUGAUGACGGCCUGUACUAUCUGGUCUCCUCAAGAGGAGUCCUUUACCAGACGUUCUGUGAUAUGACCACUGCUGGCGGCGGCUGGACGCUGGUGGCCAGUGUUCAUGAAAACAACAUGUUCGGAAAGUGUACUGUUGGGGAUCGCUGGUCUAGUCAGCAGGGCAGCAACCCAAACCGGCCUGAGGGUGAUGGGACAUGGGCAAACACAGUCACAUUCGGAGCUGCAGAAGCUGCCACAAGUGAUGAUUAUAAGAAUCCUGGAUAUCAUGACAUUGUGGCACAGGAUGUGUCUGUGUGGCAUGUUCCUAAUAAUAUUGAGCUGGAACACUGGACCAUUGCUUCCAUCCUGCGAUACCACACUGAAAAUACCUUCCUAAGCCUCUACGGGGGAAACCUUUUCAAUUUAUUUAAGAAAUUUCCUGUGAGGUAUGGAAUUGGCACAUGUAAAGUUGAUAAUGGACCUGCAAUUCCAAUAGUAUAUGACACUGGAAAUAAGGAUUACACCCAAAGUCUGUAUGGUCCUUUAAUGAAAACACAAUUCGAGACUGGAUUCAUCACAUUCAGAGUCUUCAACAAAGAACAGGCAGCCAUGGCUCUUUGUUCAGGAGUUAAACCAACCAGUUGUCCCACAGUUGAACAUUUCUGUAUUGGUGGAGGUGGACACUUCCCUCAGGAGGCCCCUAGACAGUGUGGGGACUUUACAAGUUUCGACUGGGAUGGCUAUGGCACUCAUAUAGACCACAGUGCUUCCCGAGAGAUAACUGAAGCAGCUGUACUUCUCUUUUAUCGCUGAGACUUUGAAACCAAAAUCACCAGCUUCAUUUCCAUCUGUCCGGGAUAUACCACAUUAAUAAACAUUUGAAUGUUACAUGCACAAUUAUGUAUUAUGAUGUAUACAUCCAUCAUAUUGGUCAGUAA